AUGUCAUAUGCCAAACUUAAUGUUUUACAUUGGCACAUCGUAGACGAACAAUCAUUUCCUCUUGAAGCACCUUCAUAUCCAAACUUGUGGGAAGGUUCAUACUCAAAGUGGGAACGAUACACAGUUGAGGAUGCAUCUGAAAUUGUCAACUUUGCCAAAAUGAGAGGUAUAAAUGUGAUGGCAGAAGUGGAUGUCCCUGGUCAUGCAAAGUCAUGGGGUAUUGGAUAUCCAGAUGUUUGGCCGUCACCCUCGUGUAGUAGCCCACUCGAUGUUUCAAAGAAGUCUACCUUUGAUGUACUUUCUGGCAUUAUGACAGAUAUGAGAAAAAUAUUCCCCUUUGAACUAUUUCACUUGGGUGGUGAUGAAGUGAAUACAGAUUGCUGGACCAAUACUUCUCGUGUGAAUAAGUGGCUUCAGAAUCACAACAUGACUGCUAAGGAUGCUUACGAAUAUUUUGUAUUGAAGGCCCAAGACAUGGCUCUUUCGAAAAACUGGACUCCUGUGAACUGGGAAGAAACCUUCAAUGCGUUUCCCACAAAGCUCCAUCCACAAACAGUAAUUCAUAACUGGUGGAGCUCUGGUGUUUGCCCGAAGGUUGUUACAAAAGGCUUCAGGUGUAUUUUCAGUAACCAGCGUGUAUGGUAUCUUGACCAUUGA